UGUUGUCCACAGACCCUCCGCAGUACGAGCUCCGAGGGAUAUCGCCAAAUCACACCGGAGCGUCGAGCCCCCAGGAACAGAGCACAGAGCCCCUCUCGCCCGCGCCACAGAAUGGAGCUUUUUGAGACCAACCCGUACUUCUUCCCGGACCAGCGCUUCUACGAGGGGGCCGAGAACUACUACCCCGCCCGCCUGCCGGGGGGGUUCGACCAGGGGGGGUACCAGGAGCGGCCGGGGAUCGGGCUGUGCGGCGACGGCCGGAUCAUGUCCGCCGCCGGCGUGGGCAUGGAGGACAAGGCGUCCCCCACGGGCCAGCCCCAGGACCACUGCCCCGGCCAGUGCCUGCCCUGGGCCUGCAAGGUGUGCAAGCGCAAGUCGGUGACCAUGGACCGGCGGAAGGCGGCCACGCUGCGGGAGAAGAGGCGGCUGAAGAAGGUGAACGAGGCGUUCGAGGCGCUGAAGAGGAGCACGCUGCUCAACCCCAACCAGCGCCUGCCCAAGGUGGAGAUCCUGCGCAGCGCCAUCCAGUACAUCGAACGGCUGCAGGCGCUGGUCAGCUCCCUCAACCAGCAGGACCACAAGCAGCCCGGCCUGCACUACCACCGCGGGGCCGCGGGACACAGGGUGUCCUCCAGCAGCGAGCAGGCCGGCAGCACCUGCUGCAGCAGCCCAGAGUGGAGCAGCGCCUCUGAGCACUGUGGGCCGGUCUACAGCGCCACGCCCGAGGACAUCCUGAACGAGGACUCCCUGGAGCAGCCCAGCCUGAGGACCCUCACCUCCAUCGUGGACAGCAUCACCGCUGGGGACGGGGCCCCUGUCUCUUACUCAGGGGACAUUUCCAAAUAAACCCCCCCGCCCCCGCCCCAGAUCAGCCCGGCCAGCGUGCAGAGACCAGGGGGAUGUUUCACAGCGCGGUGCGCAGCGAGACCUGGAGCGGCCAUUGUUACUUCAACCCAUGUUCCAUAUUUUAGGGGGUUGCAGGUUUUACUGAGAGGCUUAGUGAGUCAGCCAGCUUUGUGAAACACCCCCCAGAGCAGCAGAAUCAGCGCUCACACACCCAAGGGCUGCGGCUGCCUUUUCCUCCAACCAAAACUCGCGGUCCAUUUUUAUAAAGUUGAUUAUUUUAUGUGGGAGUGGGAGGGGCUCAGCCGAGAGGGUUCUGUCUUUCCUUAACACAGAAGAAGUGAGAGGGAGUUCCUGUUUAUCAUUUCCUGUUUCUCAUUUCCUGUUUUCAUUCUUGUGUUCAUUUGAGUGUGUGUUAGUUAUGCUUUUAAAAAAAAAAAAGAAGGGUAAAAUUCUUGGGGCCAAUAUUUUACACUGCAGUUUGACCAAUUCCUGCUUAAUUUAAACUAGAUAUGAAUGCUAGUGUUGUACAUACUUCCCUAUUUUCUACAGAGUGGUUUUGCUAUUUUAUUCUUUAU